AGCACACAGUGUACGUUUUCCGUCGACUGACCUGCUCCGGCUCAUCACGCAUCACAGCAGGCUUUGAAUAUUCAAUAGAAACUUUCACCAUAGAAGUAUUUCAGUUGGAGAAAAGGAAUUUUACUAUAGGAGUAGCCAUACGUUGCGAAGAAACAGAUAUGUACUUAUGUUUCGACAAAAACUGGAAAAUCAAAGGCAUGAAAAACAAAAACAAUAUUGCAAAUCGUCCACGUUGCCACUUCUACGAAUCCCUCAAGCGAGGAUACUUUCGCUAUCAAUCGGUUAUGAAUCAGACAAAGUAUCUCGGUUUCGUCGGCAGCGGUAAACCAAUCAACUACAAAGCGAAACGUCACAUUGACGAAAAGUGCUACAACUUCCAACGUACGAAUGCAUCCGCACUUCCCUCAGUCUUUUUCGGGUACAAUAACAGCAGUAGGAGCGCAAGUACGACGAAAUCCCCUCAUCCACAUCGGCACAAGCACGGUAUGAGCGAUCAGAAAAGGACGCGCGGCAAAUUCAACUCACAUCGAACACAGAAUCUCGCCGAUCAAGGAGCUUCAUCUUCACAGCUACCUCCUUCAACCAACAACGUUGAGCGCCCGACGCGACUGAUAACUUCAUCGGUGCCAUCAUAUCGAGUCGCCGCUGUCACACAGAUGAGCAAUGAUGUGCACACUACAACCCAAAAACCGUCGAAAGUUGCAAGCACGAAGAAGCAAGUCAAGCCUUCGAAACGACACGGGAAAACUAACAGGCAGAAGCUCAGCUUGUAUGGAAGUAGCAAUAGUACUAGUAGCAGCAGUAGCAGCACCAGACAACACCAUCGUCAUCACCACGAUAAUAGGAAUAGCAAACUGGGUUCUGGAAGGACAAUGCCAACUGCAUCCAGUUUUUAACGACUGCUAGGAACGACUUUGUGCAUAAACCUUUCUCUCUAUCGUAAAACAGGAAAUCGUCGGACGCAGUAGACAAAAUCGCGGGGAAACAGUUAUCUAUGGAUUGCUGUAGCUUUCCGAUUCCGCCACCUUUAUCUCUCUGUCAUCUCAAUUAUCCGUGUAUGUCCGUGACAGAUUACUUGAGAUGGAUUAGUUUCGUAUUAGAAUGUUACAAAACCGGGAAAGCUUUAUUAGAAUUAAAUUGAAAGUAAGCAUCAAUGCAUCCUAGAGGUUUAUUAAACAAUUAUAUCAAACAAUUGCCAAACAUUCUACAUAAAUGUUUCCGCUAAUUGUCUCAAAAGUAUUAAUUGUGAAAUGACUGACAACAUACAUACAAGAAAAAAACCCGUGUUUAGCACAUGAAUAUUGGUAGCAAUGUGUUUGUAUUUGCGCAUUGCAGUAAAAGCACUAAAACCAUAGAUCACAAGCAUAUUAGGAAUCGCUGAGCUUUUAGAUGCCUUAAUCGGUGUAUAUUUGUACAACUCUGUAGACAUAUAUGAGGACAAAUCGUGUGAAUAAGGCCAACAGAAUAUGCAAUUCACAAAGCCUACAGUGGCAUCUACGUUAAAUGCAUCAACAAUGUUUUUGAAUCCAAUGUUCAUAAUUUCGGAACAUGCUUUUUUCGAAUUCCAUUAUUUCGAGAUAUUCCGCCUCUCAAACCUAGCAUGACUCACCACAAGUUUUAUACAAAGUAUGAACUUUGUGAUAAACUUGUUUCUUUGAUUGUAAAUAUUGUACUAAUUGGUGUUUUCGAAUUGUAUUAUAAUUUUAUCGAUUUUCACCGUGCCAUUUACUGACGAUUGUAGCCUUUUAUUAGGUUUUGUUCGAUCAAGAUUUCAAAAGCCCCAUCUCUUUUAAUUUCAUUUUCUCGAAGCAAAUAAAACAGCCACGAGUCUAUCAAUAAGGUCAACAAUAAUCCUUGUUAAUGAAAACUUGCACAAAAAAGAUGUGACUUAAUAAUGAUCGUUAGUAUGUGUAUUUAUGCGAAAAUGUUUAGAGCGCAAAUCAACAAAACGCUAUUUACAAUAAUGAUAACACAAGAAUUGUAAACACAAUAGACUCAUAUUAAAUUAAAAAAAAUAUGAAUACGCAAAUCCACUGCUUAAAAUCGAACCGCAAAAAAAAUACUGAGUAUACCCAAAUCUCAAAUAAUAUAUGAAUCUCACUAAAAGCUCCAGUGAGCGUCAGAGCUGAAAACAUAAUUUAUUGCUGCAUAUAAAAUUAUAACAUCCGCAACCAUUUGGAACCGUAUGUAGCUACUUAAUUGAAAUAACGGCUAAUAAACCGAUUAAGUAAAUCCCAUUCUAAACGAAGCGCAAAAUUUGUAUGUUCUGAAGCAUGUUAUAUCCCUAUUCAAAGUCGACACAACUGUAAAAGUAUUAAAUUAGUUUUAGAACAACAAUCGGAAAAACGUUACAAAUUGACCCCACUCACAUUCUCAAAGCACAAAGUUUGGAUGAUAACCGACAAUAGUGAAUGUUGUUUACGUUAAACAUUACUGCCAAAAGUAGAACAGAAAACCUAAAACACAAUACUCUUCGUUAGAUUGUACCCAUUUCUGCUAAAUAUUUGGACAACGCAUAUAACAAGUGUAGACAUCACUAGUCGACCGGAAUCGUUCUGUAUUUUCUUCAUGUUUGUUCGUGGAAAAAUUCAAAUGUUCCGAUCUAUUCUAAAUUUAUUCGUACGAGUGCGAAAAUAGCACCCUUAUUUCAACAUUCCACUAGACAUAACGAAAUAAGUCAUUUGUUUAAGAUUUGUACAGCUAUCCAAUUAAGUAACGAAAAAUAAACGCUGCAUCGUUGUAAAAGUGUGUAAUCGUCGGAUCAACAUGGACAAGAAUCAAACAGAUCCUAAUUUUGCCAUGUACAAAGUGUUGUGUCUAUUUUGUCAUCAUUUGUACCAUAGCAGCAUCUUCUCAUCAUUUAUACACACAGUCCAGCAACAGUGGAAUAGCCAGUUUUGGUUUUUUUUUUAUUUAAAAAAAAAUAGCCAGCUCAGACAUUUUCCCUUUAAUAAUUACUUUAAGUUUCCUCGACCACAACCGUGCUGUUGUAUUCUGUUCGGCACAAAAGUCACUUUUGCAGCAUUCAACACAAUCCGUAGCCAAAUGUGUCCGUGUUUGUGGAUGCAAGGCACAAUGUUGAGAGGAAACGAGCUAUAAGAAUUUGCAUUGUUAUAAAUGUAUAUCAUUAUGAAGCUUUCGGUUAAGAAGUAAUUUUCGGUUUUCUUUGAUAACUACGGUUGAUAUCGACUUUAGUGAGUAAGAUUAUAAGUACGAAAGGUAGUAUUUGAACAAAAUGACAAACAUAUUAUAUUUUUUUUAAUGAAAAUGUAUCAAAAUAAACUGAUUAAAAGUUUAGUUUUAACUUAUGAGUACACAUGAAAAUAACAAGAUUAUUUAACAAUAAAUUAUAAUAUGAAC